AUGCAAAAGGCAAUGAAAAGCGCAGAAUAUAUAAAAGCUAACAAUGACUGGUUAGAUGCCCAAGCCAACGCUAAAGCAGCCCAACUCAUAGGGUCAAUAAGGACAAAAAUACAAGCGGAUGAAGAUAGUUCAAAUGAAGCUUUAACAAAUGCUGACUUUAAGAACGCUUUCGAAGCUCUUCAUAGUAAGGUGAAACAAGUGAACGACUUCUCAUCUGGAAAGAAACUGAAGUCUGAAGGUUUCGACAAAGAGUUAAAAGAAGUAGCACAAAAUAUGACGAAAAUAACAGAUGCAGCAACGAGACAGGCAGUUCAAAGUGCCUAUGACGCCGUUAGAGCAACUGUUGUGAAAAGUCAAGAAAAAGAGUUACAACAGACCAAAACAGACCUAGUAAAUGCUUUCUUAAGAACGAAAAGUCAGGUAGGACAUUACGCUGCAGAUGGAACAUAUGUGCCAGCUGGUGGAACUUAUAUACCACCAAACCCUCCAAGAGAAGCACCUGCACCAGGACUACCUAGAACAUUUACAUCGUCACAUGGACACAGACACAGGCAUGCACCAAAACCAACACAACAACCAACAGUUCAAAAUCCAACACAACAACCAACAGUUCAAAACCCUGCACAACAACAACAACAACAACAACCAACACAACAACCAACAGUUCAAAAUCCAGCACAACCAACAGUUCAAAACCCUGCACAACAACAACCACAAACAGAGCAAGGACAUAAAAGAAGUAGAGAACAAGGAAACCAAGAAUUCUUAAAAAUGCUUAACGAAGAGUGUGGUUUCCCAGAUACUGUUGACUUUAGUGACAGAUAUAAAGAAGCUAUUAGAAAGUUCAAGGAUGGAAAUACUGACCCGAACCUAUUUAGCUUUAUGGCUCAGCACCAAAACGGAUAUAAUCUCAAACCUGGAAAAUACAAGCUCGCUAAGGGAUAUGAUUUAAUAGCAUAUCAUCCAAAUGACAUGGAUGAAUUUACUCCGAGAUAUUUGAUGUCAGAGCUAAAUGACAAUUCAACUUUCGUCAUGAAACGCGUAAAAAAUAGAGACGGAACGAAAGAACAAAAGCUUAUGAAUGCGGAUGACGUAGAUAGGGAAAUUGUUGAAAACGGUCUCGGAAUAUAUGAAAUGCCAGCAGAUGAGGUACAAGAAACUCCACAGGAAGAAAUAGUUCAGAUACAACCAGACAUGGAAGAAAUAGUUCAGCAACAACAGCUAGAAGAGCCUGAAGGAAACGAACAAGUCACUCCUUUGGAAACUAACUUCACAGAACUAGAUGAAGAUUUGGAACAGCCGAAAAAUCUUGACCCUCAACAAGAGUAUGCGGAGAAUAUGGAAUAUUUCCAAGAGUCUAAAAAAAAUUCGGCUGACAUAGUAGAAGAAUAUCGAAAAAUGUUUGCCGACAUACAAAAGACUCCAACACCAGAUGAAAAUAUUCAGCAUAGAAUGGAAGUACUGAAAGAAAAUGUACACAAAUACAACAACCCUUUUUACUUACGAGCAUUUAACGUUCAAUCUUCGGAUGAACUCGGUGAAAAUAAAAGGUUAAAUUUCAAGAAAACAUAUAGA